AUGGCCUCCGCCGCCGUCGCGCCCCAUGCCGACGUCCUGAAUCAAAUAUUCCAGGGCCUGAGGAGCAAGAGCUCAGAGACGAGACUGCAGUCUGCGCUCGACCUUCGCCGAUAUGUGGGCACGAAGAUAGCGGAGCUGCCGUCAGACCAGGCCAUCAAGCUCUGGGACGACAGCAUCAACAAGCGAAUAUUCGAGCUCAUCCAUUCUACGUCCGUGACGGACAAACUGGGCGGCGUACAGGCCAUCGACCACCUGCUCGACCUCGACGGCGACGAGGGACUCGAGUCCAAACGGAUGCUCUACCGUUUCUUCAACUAUGCCAAGUCCCUGUUGCCCGAUCAGGACAUCAACGUGAUGCUGGCGGCGAGCAAGACGCUGGGCCAGAUCGCGGAGAUCGGCGGGCCGGGGUUCGGGGAGCGCUUUAUGGAGAAGGAAGUGCCGUAUGCGAUUGGGCUGUUGCAGGGCGACAAGCAGGAGCCGGGACGAUACGCCGGCGUGUUGAUUUUGAAAGAAUUGGCGAGAAACUCGCCGGCGUACUUUCACGCGCACAUCGACCUUGUGUUCGACAAGCUGCUCAUCCCCCUCCGCGACGCGCGCUUGAUCGUGCGCGAGGGCGCUGCGGAACUGCUAGCCGCGUGUCUGGAGAUCAUCACUCAGCGCGAACGCACGGCGCCUAAUGCGCACAUGUCCCGUAUUCUCCGCGACGCGCAGGCGGGACUCAAGAUGCCCCAGCCAGAAGUCGUACAUGGGUCCCUGUUGACAUAUCGCGAGCUUUUAUUGCACGGCGGUAUGUUCAUGCGCGAGACUUUCCUCGACACGGGCGAGCAGAUUCUGCGCUUCAAGACCGCGCGCGACGCUCUGGUUCGCAAGAUGGUCAUCACCCUCAUCCCGACGCUGGCUACCUACGACACACAGACCUUCGCCGAGCAUUUCCUACACCACGCCAUGGCCCAUCUGCUCACCCAACUCGACAAACCUCCCGAGCGCUCCAUUGCUUUCAUCGCAAUCGGGCACGUCGCUACGGCCGUUGGCUCCGACAUGAAACCCUUCCUCGAGAGCAUCAUGGCGCAUAUCAAGGCCGGCUUGCAAGCGCGGAACAGCAAGAAAGCUGCCCAGGCGCAACAGACGUCCGAAGAGCCGAUGUUCCAGUGUGUCGGGAUGCUUGCGAGCGCGGUUGGGCCGAACCUCACGAAGUUGCUGCACGACCAGCUCGAGCUCAUGUUUGCGUGUGGGCUUAGCGAUCCGUUGCGCCAGGCACUUGUCGCCAUUGCCGGACACAUCCCGCCUCUGCUCAAGACGAUACAAGACCGUCUGCUCGAUAUGCUCUCCUACAUUCUCACGGGGCACGGGUACAGGCCUCUCGGCGCGCCGCCACCCCUACCAGGCUCGUCGGACACCUCGGCACAGGUGAACGGCGGGUCGAAGGAGAAGAGCACAGAGCUACUCGUCCUCGCACUCGAUACGCUCGGUUCAUUCGACUUCUCCGGACACGCGCUUGCCGAAUUCGUACGCGACGCCGCACUCCAGUACCUCGACUCCGACGAACCCGCUCUCCGACGCGCCGCCGCGCUUACAUGCUGCCGCGUCUUUGCGCGCGACUCGAUUUGCUACCAAGCCUCAACACACAGCAUCGAAGUAAUCUUCGACGUCCUCGACAAACUCCUCACCGCCGGAAUCGCCGACCCCGAACCGUCCAUCCGCGCGGCAGUCCUCGGCGGACUACACGAGACGUUCGACCGGCACCUCGCUCAAGCUGAGAACGUACGCAGUCUGUUCAUCGCGCUCAACGACGAGUGCUUCGAGAAUAGGCUGUUGGCGGUGGGACUUAUCGGACGGCUGGCAGCGCAUAAUCCGGCGUAUGUUAUGCCGAGCUUGAGGAAGGCGUUGGUGCAGCUUUUGACGGAGCUGGAAUAUGCGCCUGCUCCGCGUGCGAGGGAAGAAUGCACGCAUCUGCUCACACAGCUCGUCGCUGCUACGGCGAGACUCAUCAAGCCCUACGCCCUCCCAAUGCUAAGGGUCUUAUUGACGAAAGCGAACGACACAAACCCGACGGUCGCUGCGAACGUGCUUAUGUGUCUCGGCGAGCUCGCGGUGGUGGGAGGAGAGGAUGUGCGGCCGCACGUACCGGAACUCAUGCAGAUCGUUUUGGGCAAGCUGAACGAUCCUGCGCCGGGCAAGAGGGAUGCGGCGUUGAGGACGCUCGGGCAGGUGUGCGCUGCGACGGGUUACGUCAUUGAUCCGCUCGUUGAGCAUCCGGAGCUGUUGCCCGCGCUUGGGCGUCUAUUGCGGGCCGAGGGCGGACAAGGUGCUGGGGGCGGUGGAUUGAGGAGGGAAGUUGUCAAGGUUCUCGGUACACUUGGCGCGCUCGAUCCGUACAGAAGGAGAGCAGGCCGCCUCGAUGACCUCAAUAUGCCUGACCCUGCGCCUGUCUCAGCACAAGCGCCCGGCGCACUGGCCUACGCGUCGUCCAGCGCUAGCGAUGAUUACUACCAAGCGGUCGUCAUCCACGCUCUCCUCGCCAUUCUGAAAGACACCUCUCUCCAGGCGCACCACCAUACAGUCAUCGAAGCUAUCAUGAGCAUCUUCAAGACUCAAGGUCUGAAAUGCGUCGCUUUCUUGCCCGAUAUCGUGCCGGCGUUCUGUACGGUCGCAAGGACGGCGAAUGGAGCAAGAGUUCAGGAGUUCCAUCUCCAGCAGUUAGCUAUUCUUGUGAGCAUCAUCAAGCAGCAUGUACGAAACUACAUGCCGGACGUGUUCAAGCUCGUCACGGACCUCUGGGACGCAUCCGCCGGUGCCCUCCAACUCCCUCUCGUCGGACUCGUAGAAAGCCUAGGACGGGCGCUCGACGCCGAAUUCAAGCCUUUCCUCCCAGCAGUUCUCCCCCUGAUGCUCCGCGUCUUCGACGGCGAAACCCAACAACCCUCCACCUCCCUCUCCCUCUCAACAUCCAACUCCACCUCCACCGGCACCGCCGACAAGCGCACGCAAUCGCAGAUGAAAGUAUUCGACGCUCUGCUCUCGUUCGGCGCGAACAUCGAGGAGUAUCUGCAUCUCGUUAUUCCGAUCGUCGUGAGGACGUAUGAGAGGAGCGAUGCGCCGCUUGCGUUGAGGAAGAGGGCGGUGUUGACUAUCGAUGGACUUGCGGCGAGGGUCAACUUUAGCGAGCAUGCGAGUAGGAUCAUUCAUCCGCUCGUGAGGGUGCUGAACAAUCCCUACCCGAACUCUUCGUCCUCCGGCGGCGCGUCCAGCUCCAACCCCUCUACCACCACGUCGAACACAGCACCGGGCGCAGGGCCUGGCGCGGGUGGCGGGCCAGCUGCGAACGAGCUUAGGGCUGCAGUGCUCGAUACGCUCUGUGCACUCGUCAUGCAGCUGGGGAGCGACUAUGCCAUCUUCGUACCGACUGUGGACAAGGUGCUUAGGAGGACGAGGUUCGGGAGCGCCAAGUAUGAUGGCUUGAUCAGCAAGCUCUUGAAUGGGGAGAGGAUGCCACAGGAGCUCGGGGCGCUCGAGUACAUCAUGAGCGAAUCAGCGAAAGCGCCCGAAUUCUCUGCUCCCGCCGAAGCUGCGAAGAUGCAAGUGAACCAGCAGCACUUGAAGCAAGCCUGGGAUACAUCCGGCAUCGGCUCGCGCGAGGAUUGGUUGGAGUGGAUGCACAGGCUCAGCGUGGAGUUUAUGAAGGAGAGCCCGAGUCAUGCGUUGAGGGCUUGUAUGGGCUUGGUGGAUAUCCAUCCGCCGCUUGCGAGGGAGCUGUUCAAUGCGGCGUUUAUUAGUUGUUGGAGGGAGCUCUACGAACAGUACCAGGAGGACCUUGUACGCGCGAUAGAGUGGGCCAUCACAUCCGAUACGACACCCGCUGAGCUCGUCCACCGUCUCCUCAACCUCUGCGAGUUCAUGGAACACGAAGAUCAGCGUCUUCCCAUCGAGAACUCGACGCUCGGCGCCAUCGCGGAGAAGUACCACGCUUACGCCAAAGCUCUACACUACAAAGAGCUAGAGUUUUUCGCUGAGAGCUCGCCGGCUAUCAUCGAGGCGCUUAUCAACAUCAACACGCGCUUGCAGCAGCAGGAUGCGGCGUGGGGCACGCUGAGUAUCGCGCGCGAACAAUACGAUGUCAGCAAGCAUGAGGAGUGGUACGAGCGCCUAGGGCGGUGGAGCGAUGCACUGGUCGUAUACGAGAGGCGCGCGCAGCAAGAUCCAGACGCCGGGUUCGAGGUCAUGCUCGGCCGCAUGAAGUGCCUGCACGCGUUGGGAGAAUGGGAUGCUCUCGCGGCCCAAGUCGAGGAUACGUGGUCCGGUGCCGGCGCAGACGAGAGGCGGGAGAUCGCGCCUAUGGCAGCGGCCGCUGCGUGGAGUCUGAACGACUGGGACAGCAUGGACAGCUACAUCGCGUCCAUGCGCGCCGAUUCGGCCGACAAGUCAUUCUACCGCGCCAUCCUGAGCGUGCACCAGAAUCAGUUCCCUAAAGCGCUCACGCAUAUCACGCGGGCGCGCGAUCUGCUGGAUCCGGAGUUCGGCGGGCUUGUGGGCGAGGCGUAUGGGAGGAGCUAUAACACGAUGGUUAGGGCACAGAUGUUGAGCGAGUUGGAGGAGAUCAUACAGUAUAAGCAGUUUGCGGAUCAGCCGGAGAGGCAGGGGACUAUGAGGCGGACGUGGAUGAAGCGGUUGCAAGGGUGCCAGCCUGAUGUCGAGGUGUGGCAGAGGAUUCUGCAAGUCCGCACGCUUGUGCUUAGUCCGGACGACGACCCGGUUAUGUGGAUCAAGUUUGCGAACCUGUGCCGGAAGAACGACCGGAUGCCGCUCGCGGAGAAGACCAUCAACUCGUUGCUAUCGCCUGAACGGAACCAGCGCGCACCGCCAAACGUUGUCUACGCUCAGCUCAAGUUCAUGUGGGCUGAGGGCGCUAAAGCUGAGAGCCUGACCUUCCUCCGCCAAUUCGUCACGAGCCUUGCGCGCGACCUACAACCCGAAGUACCGACGCAGCGCGGGGGUGUACCGAAGCAGAAGAUGGCGGAGCUCUCGCACCUCCUCGCGCGCUGCUUCUUCAAGCAGGGUCAAUGGCAAAUGGAGCUCGAGGAUAACUGGGGCGCGCGAAACGUCAAGGAUAUCCUGCACUCGUACUUCCUCGCCACGCACUAUGACCCGCUGUGGUACAAGGCGUGGCAUACGUGGGCGCUUACCAACUUCGAGGUCGUUGGAUACAUGAGCGAGCGCAACCUGGACACGGGCGGCGAGGGACUCAUCAACCAUAUCGUUCCCGCCGUACAGGGCUUCUUCCGCUCCAUCGCGCUUCGGAGCGAGAAUGCGCUGCAGGAUACGCUCAGGCUGCUCACGCUCUGGUUCAAGUAUGGCGCGCACGAUGACGUCAGCAAUGCGAUGGCCGCCGGCUUCGGGACGCUCGAGGUUGAUACGUGGUUGGAGGUCGUGCCGCAGAUCAUAGCGCGCAUUCAGACACCCAGCGCGAAUAUUCGGCGGAACAUCACCAAUCUCCUCACCGACAUCGGCAAGCAGCACCCGCAGGCGCUCAUUUACCCGCUUGCGGUCGCAUCUAAGUCUAGCAGUAUCUCGCGUAAGAGUGCCGCUAGCGCUAUCAUGGAUCGUAUGAAGGAGCACUCGCACAAUAUCGUCGAACAGGCGUUGCUCGUUGGCAACGAGCUCAUCCGUGUGGCCAUUCUCUGGCACGAGCUCUGGCACGAACGGCUGGAAGAGGCCAGUAGGCAGUACUACACCGAGCAUAACCCCGAAGGCAUGAUCGCUGCGCUUGAGCCGCUGCACGAGCUACUCGAGGCGGGCCCGACGACGGCGCGCGAGACGAGCUUCGCGCAAGCAUUCGGUCGCGAGUUGCACGAAGCGCGCGAGCACACGAGGCGCUACCGUCGGCACGGCGAGAUCAAGGACCUCGACGCCGCGUGGGACAUCUACUUUGCCGUGUUCAAGAAGGUCGAAAAGCAGUUGCCCCAACUCACGACGCUGGACUUGCAGUACGUCUCGCCUGAGCUGCUCAAGGCGCGCAACCUCGAGCUCGCCGUCCCUGGCACAUACGCGAGCGGCAAGCCGCUGGUCACGAUUGCGAGUUUCGCGCCGAAGUUGACCGUCAUCUCGUCCAAGCAGCGCCCGCGGCGCGUUUCGCUCAAGGGAUCAGACGGGAAGGACUAUCAGUAUUUGCUCAAGGGCCACGAAGAUCUUCGACAGGACGAGCGUGUGAUGCAGUUCUAUGGGCUCGUCAAUACGCUGCUCGCGGUGGAUAUGAACUCGUUCAAGCGCAAGCUGCGCAUCCGUGGGUACCCCGUUAUUCCGCUCGGGCCGCAUGCGGGUUUGAUUGGAUGGGUGCACGACAGCGAUACUCUGCACGUUCUUGUGCGCGACUAUCGCGAGUCGCGUAAGGUGUUGCUCAAUAUCGAGUACCGCCUUAUGCUCCAGAUGGCACCCGACUACGAGAGCCUUAUGCUGCUGCAGAAGAUCGAAGUCUUCGAAUACGCGCUCGAGAACACCACCGGUCAGGAUCUCUACCGUAUGCUCUGGCUCAAGUCUGCCAACUCCGAACACUGGCUCGAGCGCCGCGCGACCUACACUCGCUCCCUCGCUGUCAACAGCAUGGUCGGACAUAUCCUCGGUCUCGGCGAUCGCCAUCCGUCCAACUUGAUGCUCGAGCGCAAGACGGGCAAGGUCGUCCACAUCGACUUCGGCGACUGCUUCGAGAUCGCGAUGCACCGUGACAAGUUCCCGGAGAAGAUUCCGUUCCGGUUGACGCGCAUGCUUACACAUGCGAUGGAGGUGUCUGGCAUUGAAGGGAGCUUCAGGAAUACGUGCGAGAUCUCGAUGAAUGUUCUGAGGGACAAUCGGGAGAGUUUGCUCGCGGUGUUGGAAGCCUUCGUGUACGAUCCCUUGAUCAACUGGCGGUUGAUGCCGAAUAUCGAGGACAAGCGACUGGCCGGGAGCGACGCCACCCGUCAGGCUGAGCUUGCUCGCGUCACCGCGUAUCCUCAAGGCCCGAUGCGUAAGGUCAAGGCGGACGAGAACGAGAUCCUCAACGAGGCGCCCGAGAGCCGCGAUGGCCGUGCACUCGCUGUAUACCGUCGCGUCGAGGCCAAACUUACCGGACGCGACUUCAAUCCGGAUCUUCCGCUCACCGUCGAGCAGCAGGUCGAGAAGCUCAUUCAGCAGGCCACUUCGCUCGAGAACCUUUGUCAGUGUUUCUCUGGUUGGUGCGCCUUCUGGUAG